CAAAUACGAGCGGAAGCCAUCUUGAACGGUUGGUUGACAUGACUCUUUUCGCAGUCAGCUAAAAAAAAUUGAGUACACCUUACAAACACCGCAUAGGGAACCGGUUAUUUCAGGUAUUUAAAGGGAAAGAAGAAUGAGAAAGACGCAGCGGCGCAGUUGAGCUUCACAAGAUGGCUUGCUGAGCCCUCCUGGUGAAUGGUUUUCUACAUAACUUACGGAAUUUAACAUAAAAGAUUUAGCCCUUAAUUACUGGAAAAAUUAAAAAUAAAUGCUUAGAAGUUUCAGAAAGUUUGAAAGGGUCGGAUAAUUGGAGUCACCAAAACGAGAACAUUGUGGAGGAACCUCACAACAUUGUGGAGGAGCUGAGAGGAGAGAUUUGGACAAUUUUUUGAAGACUCAAUAAUAGAGGACAAUCAAGCUCUGAGGAGUCCCAGGAAAGUGGACUCUAGUCAUCCAGAGACUGUUAAAGCCUUCAUUACUAUUGGAGCAGAAAAGAAAAGCUACGUAAACAUGAGUACUGCCAGGACAGAGAACCCAGUGAUUUUGGGCUUGUCAAACCAGAACGGACAGCUGAGAGGCUCAGUGAAGCCUGCAGGAGCUCCAGGUGGAGGUGGUGGUGGUGGUGGUGGUGGUGGUGGAGGAGGAGGCCCUCAACUGCAGCUUAACCAGAUGAAAGGAGCAAUCAACAAUGGUAACUCCCAGCCGGUCCCUACAACUAACGCUGUCAUCAAACCUGGAGAUGACUGGAAGAAAAAUUUGAAAUUGCCCCCAAAAGACAUGAGGAUGAGAACUUCGGAUGUGACUGCAACAAAAGGCAAUGAGUUUGAAGAUUAUUGCCUGAAGAGGGAGCUGCUCAUGGGAAUCUUUGAGAUGGGCUGGGAAAAGCCAUCUCCAAUCCAGGAGGAAAGUAUUCCCAUUGCACUGUCAGGGAGAGAUAUCCUGGCCAGAGCCAAGAAUGGCACGGGAAAGAGUGGAGCCUACCUCAUUCCCUUACUUGAACGCAUUGACCUGAAGAAGGACUGCAUACAAGCAAUGGUCAUAGUGCCCACCAGAGAACUGGCUCUGCAAGUCAGCCAAAUAUGUAUCCAGGUCAGCAAACACAUGGGCGGAGUGAAGGUAAUGGCAACCACAGGUGGAACCAACCUCCGUGAUGACAUCAUGAGACUCGAUGAAACGGUACAUGUGGUCAUUGCCACUCCUGGGAGGAUUUUAGACCUCAUCAAGAAAGGAGUGGCUAAAGUCAAUCAAGUGCAGAUGAUUGUUCUGGAUGAAGCAGACAAACUCCUGUCUCAGGACUUUGUAGUGAUGAUGGAGGAGAUAUUGGGCUUCCUGGCCAAACAGAGGCAGAUUCUGCUGUAUUCUGCAACCUUCCCUCUCAGCGUGCAGAAGUUUAUGAACUCACACUUGCAGAAACCAUACGAGAUCAACCUGAUGGAGGAGCUGACACUGAAGGGUGUGACUCAGUAUUACGCUUAUGUAACUGAAAGGCAAAAGGUUCAUUGCCUUAACACCUUGUUCUCCAGGCUCCAGAUCAACCAGUCCAUAAUUUUCUGCAACUCCUCUCAGAGAGUGGAGCUCCUCGCCAAGAAAAUUUCCCAGCUUGGUUAUUCAUGUUUCUACAUUCAUGCCAAGAUGAGACAGGAGCACCGCAACCGCGUAUUCCACGACUUCAGAAAUGGCCUCUGCAGGAAUCUCGUCUGCACUGAUCUCUUCACAAGAGGCAUUGACAUUCAAGCUGUGAAUGUCGUGAUCAACUUUGACUUUCCCAAGCUGGGAGAAACAUACCUUCAUCGCAUUGGUAGAUCCGGCCGCUUUGGACACUUGGGUCUAGCCAUCAACCUCAUCACUUACGACGAUCGCUUCAACCUGAAAGGGAUUGAGGAGCAGCUCGGGACAGAGAUCAAGCCCAUCCCUGGCAUCAUUGAUAAGAGCCUCUAUGUGGCAGAGUACCACAGUGAGAGUGGCGAAGAACUGAAGCCAUGAGCCAAUCAGUCCAUCCUCCAUUGUCCCCUUGUACCUUUUUUUUCCUCCCCCACAUCCCCCCUGUCUUGGAGUUCCUUUUUUAUGUACAGUUUCUGUCUGUCCUCCUUUUUUUUUUUUUUUGAUGCCACCAUGAGGAAUGUGUAUUUUGAUGGACGCGUUUUGGAAGAACUCAUUUGCCUUUUUAUUGGGCUCAGUGCUGCAUCACCACCACCACCCUGAAGACACAAGCACCUGGAGGAAAGCAUGGGACCAAGUAAAAAUAUAUCGAUGCACAGUGUGACAAUUCAUAUCCACCGAUGACACAAAGCCAGCACCAACAGACCGCUCCAUGUCGCCCUCCAUUCUCCACUUUUUAUUUUGGAAGUUUUAACCAAUUUGUAUCAAGUGCCUUAACAAGCAGUUCAACUCGUUCUUAAGUAAUAACCCUCCAUUAUCCGCCAUUAUCUCGCUCGCCUCAUACCACACACUCACUUUCACCUAAUUGAAAAUUUGUCACACUAAUUUAAUGUCCGAUGGCGUAGGUGAAUUCAUCACAGCUUUUGGUUGGGUCAUCUGUUUGAGAGAAAUGGAGAUAAUUAGGAGGGAGACUGGUCUGAAUUACCUUUCUGCUGGCUUAGCUGCACUUGCGUCUGGCUGAGAAAUGAGGACAAAACUUGGAUUUUUCCAUGGACAGAGAUGCUGGAAUUUUUCCAAAAGACAGCCAGACUGUCCAGCCGCUUGUGGAGAAGCUUGUGCUUCCAAAAGACCCAAACCCUUUCCUCUGUCUUCAGCAUCAGAACACUAAAUAUGAAUGAGCAGCCUCUCAACACCAUGAGUCAUGAGGAUUCCUGUUUCGGUGGAGUUAAAUUGUGGGGAGCGUUUUUUUUUUUUCUUUCUUUUUCUUUCUUGUCCUGUGUUUCACCUUCCUAUGGAUGGCCAUACUAAAUUCUAAGAGUGCAGCCGACAUGUGGGGCGCACCUCACACUUUGUAUAUACCUUCAUUUUAAGAUUGUUUUAAACAAGUUCAAAAGGCUGGCCGACAAACUGAAAGCUUUCCCCCUUCUCUCUUGUUAGCACUGGAGACUGUUUCCUUAAAUGCCAGUUUGUUUGUUCUGCAAUAUUGGCCUGUGAAUUUAUUUAUAAUUUUAGAAAUUGCAGAAGUUACUAGAAUCUAAAACAUUGAAAUGACCUUGUGCAUGAAAUGUUUUUGGUGGCCGAGCUCAUCACUGAUAAUCUUUUAGCCCCUACAAAUUGAUGGCCAGUGCAAUUCUUGAAAGCUGCACUUAAACUGAGAGUUAAACUUGUCGCCCGUUUUCUCCUGCUCCCAGUGUUAACGAGUGUUCAGUCGAGACAGAUGGCUUUGAUAAGCUUGUGCAUUUGAGUAAUGAAUUCUUUGUUAUCACCAGCCUUAACUUGUGAAACUGACUCUUGACACACUCUUAAGAUCUCCAUUUACAAUGAGUGUUAUUUAAAGAGAAAAUAUUAUAUCAUGUAGUAGUACUACUCGCUGCAGUGCAGCUGAAUUGGCAGAGAAUUAGUUUUCUGGGGGAGGUAUUUGCUGUUACGUUGAUCUAUAUGCUCUUUAAGCACAGCUACAUAAUUUGUUGAGCAGGGAGCUGUGGAUUUAUUUUCCCCCCUUUGAAGAAUGUCGGCCGAAUGCAUCAAAAUGAACCAUCUGACCUAACAUGUAGCAGGAAUUAGUUCUCUGUGCAUUCCAAGUUAGCUGGCUUUAUGAAACCGGUUAACAAAAGAUGCCUCACGAAAACAACCUGAGCAGGUUGAGCAGCACUUAGCACACAGAGAUGGGUUCAGGCAAUAACGCUGACUGCACUGCUUUUUGUACACCCGUGCUGCCCCUGAGAGAAGUGUAAGAUGGUGCAAGAAAAGAGAAUUGGCACAGAGGGGGAAUGGGCAUGAAGGAUUUCAGAAUUUCUAUCAGUCGGACUGCUUGUUUAAAAAAAAAAAAAACAACAACUUUAGCAUCCCAGGCUGCUGAGUUUAUUUCUUAUUUCUCUGCCCUUUAUUGCUUUUGAUAUUUUGGGUUUGGGUUACGUUUUGCAAUUUUAUGCAACAUUGACAACCUUUAUAUUGCAUUAAGGUUUUCUUAGCAGGCGUUUGCAGAGCUGAAACCUUUUCUGCAAAUGAGGUUCCCUUAGUUAUGAUGAGAUGCUCUCAACCGUUCUAACCAAUGAGAAGUAUUAUUGCACAUUUAAUUUAAGCUCUUUUUAAACGCUUUGAAACAGAUCAGUUUAAGCUUUCACCUGUAUUUCUCAUUGUUUAGGGCUUUGACCCCUGUUCUCUCAGCUCCAUUGUUGUCCCCUUAAAAAAAAAAAACUUGCUCAUCUGAUUUGGCUGUUUUGGCUUAUUGUUUGGGUGGGAGGGUAGUGUUUUGUUAUAAAAAUGGAAGGGAAAAAAAAACUAAAUUAAAUUGAGCACAAGUUGAGUGAACAGGGGUUAAAUCUAUACAGGCACUUGGCAGCUGUCUGUAAGGUGUCAGCCCUCUGGCAGUAAUCAGCGCAGCAAAUGCUUUCAAGGCAAAAGCCAACAGUCCUUUAACAUCGAAUAUGUUGUCACCUUUAUGGGAUUCUGCUUGACUGCCUGUGGCUGACAUCUUGAGAACCUUUAAGACUGAGACAAGAGCAUCUUUUCCCAGAUUGGCUAAAUAAUUGGAUCAUUUCUGUAACUAAAUUGUCUCAUUCUUUAAGGUCUUUUAAAAAAAAAUUGUGGGGUGGGUAAAUUAGUGUUUUUGCUGCCCUGAUGCACAUGUUCAUCCUCUCCUGAUAGUUCUGACAAACACAUCCUGACACAGCUUUUGUGUACAAUUUGGCCGUCCUGUAACCUUUCUGUCGAGGAGGAUAUGAGUGGAGUCUUUGAGGGAUCUUUUCCAAAACGUGUGCAUCAGUGAAACAACGGGGAGGAGCCUACGGGCUUUACAAAAACAGGAUAUGAUCAAAAGAUCCAAAGUUAUGGAAGUGGGUAAAAAAAAAAAAAGUUCAAAAAAGUUGCCCUUAAAUUUGGAUUUUUGUUUUCCUUUCGAAUGAAAUGUUCAAGUGGAGUAAACCUUAUUUCAAAAGUCUCCAAAUUUAAGUGAAGAAUUUAAAGCCUGAGUUAAUUUUCUUUUUAUUUGAUGGAAAUUUGGUCGUUAUUUAAUUGGCAGAAUUUUUCAGUGAUGCUAUUUUUACAGUGGAGUUCAGUUUAAAAGGAUGUCAUCAGUAUGAUUGGAUGUGAUUGAAAGUUUGGUUUAAAAUAAAGCUCACUGAAAUUUA